GUCACGGGGGAAGUCCUUUCCCAUUGGUCCCUGCCAGCCCAGGAGAACCCUCGCUUGUCGCAGCCAAGCCCAGGACCAGCGAGGGCCAGCAGGGGAGGCCAGGAGAGGCGGGCAAGGCAGGCAGGGCAGAGGCAGGCGCAGCGUGGAGGUCCGUGCGGGAGCAAGCUGCGAGCGGCAUGUCUGGCGCAGAGGAGGUCUGCACGCUGCCCGAGCAGGAGAGGGAGCCCCAAGGGUCACGUUGUGCGGGCCCCUCCGAAGGCAGCGCAGCAAAGGCCAAAAAGGGCCGCUCCUCCCGGUCGUCCCGGGCCGGGCUGCUCUUCUCCGUGAGCCGCGUGGACAGGCAGCUGCGCAGAGGCCGCUUUGCUGAGCGCUUUGGAGCCAGGGCCCCCGUCUAUCUGGCUGCGGUGCUGCAGUGUGUGACGCACAAGACCAUCGACAUGGCUGGCAAGAUUUCCAAGAAGAGCAAGCAGCAGCGCAUUUCUCCAGCGCACUUGCAGGCGGCGUUGCAAAAGAGCUCUGUGCUCAAGCAGCUCCUGCAAGGCGGCGUGCCCAGGCGCCGCGGCAGGGCUGCCCCCCAAAGACAGCGCGUGGCCUCGGCCUCCAAAAAGACGACGACCAAGAGCAAGAGGAGAUGCCCCACACAAAGGGCUGCACCUGCCCGUGCCACUGCUGCUGUCAAGUGAGAAGAAAGUAGAAGCCCUUGCCCCACACCAGCAAGGCCAGGCAAGGGCUGCUUACACCACAUGCAAGGCACCGCGCUCGAAGGGUGCAAUAAAGGCUUUGGCAGAGGGGCUUUUUGUGCUGUGUGUUGGACUAGCGUCUCCUGGCUGGGCAAAGGCACGCAGUCGGGCAUGGCGAUAACGCUCUGCCCGGGGAGGCCGUAGAGCAGCCCUGGCUGAGAAGGAGGGCAGGAACCUGCCUGGAGGGCAACUGGCCCUGACGGGCAGCACCUGCCUCCAGCUCAGGUUUGCACUUGCUCUGAAAGCAGAUGAGAGGGGUAGAAGGGGUCUGCCUCCCAAAGGAUGGGCGCAGGCUGUGAGGGAUGGUGAGGGUGGAUGUUUCUAGGCACCAGUUCAGAGCUGCGAGGAGAACCCCACU